UGUUUUAGUAGAGUCAAUAUGCUCAACAUGUCGAGGAAUAUAAUUCUGGUGGACAAAGACAAAGUUGAGUGGCUGAUGAAGCUUAAAGUUGAUAGUAGAGGAGCGAUGACUAUUUAUGGUCGUCAUGAUUGGAAAAGUUUUUGUGCCGCAAAUGAAGUAGGCGCAGGGGAGUCAAUGACUUUGGAGUUGAUCAGAGGAGGGACAAGUCCUUUUCUCAAGUUCUGCUCCAAGAUGAAGAAACCAACAUUUGAAGCAGAGGAUGGGAUCCGCAAGAAAGCUCCAGUUCAAAUCCAAAAUGGGGGACAGGAAACAGACAAGGGAGAACCAUCUCGAGAAUCUAACAAAUCCCGUGGUGAUCAAGGAAACUUACAGCAAACGCAAACUUUGUCUGUCAAAGAUCAGGUGGCUAAGGUGAAAGAGAGCGUUGUAGAUACCUUAACUAGUAUCAGACGUUUUCUGACAGAGUUCGAGACAAAGGAACAGGAACUACAAGAUUCUAAAUGGGGAGAAGAGAAGACAAUGGGAACACGCCAAGAUCUUCGAGUAAUAAUCAAGCUUAAAAUGUGAAACUGAAGACUUCUUGAAACCUCUGUUUUAUUCUAUGUAAUUGUUCAAGUUGGAGUUAUUUUAUUUUUCUCUUUUUAUGCAACGGGUUAGUUUAUUCAUAAGGGCGGACUAGUAUUUUUAUUUGAUAAAGUUUAUCAACCGACAAUGUUUAUUUGUUUCUUUUCUUAUC